GUGAAGACAGACAGACAGACAGACAGACAGACAGACAGCAAGCAGUGUGACGGGAUGCCUCAGAUUUAGAUUCACUUCAUCCUACAACGUUAACAUGAUGCACACGCGUCGCGUCUCCGUCCUGCUCCUGCUUCUUCAAACGCUGGCUUUUGUUUUUGCCAGAAGAGGUGUGAAGAACGUCCUCCUCAUCGUGGCCGAUGACCUGCGCGCGUCGCUGGGCUGCUACGGGGACCACGUGGUCAAGUCCCCCAACGUCGACCAGCUGGCGUCGCAGAGCCAGGUUUUCGUCAAUGCCUACGCACAGCAAGCCGUGUGCGCGCCCAGUCGCACGUCCAUGCUGACCAGUCGCAGGCCGGACACCACCAGGCUCUAUGACUUCAAGUCCUACUGGAGAGUCCACUCUGGAAACUACACCACCUUGCCUCAGUAUUUUAAAUCCAGAGGUUAUUUCACCAUGUCUGUGGGCAAAGUAUUUCACCCAGGUAUUGCCUCUAACCAUAGUGACGACUACCCCUACAGCUGGUCCGUCCCUGCCUUCCACCCAGCCUCCUUUAAGUACGAGAAGAAAAAGAUGUGCAAAGGAGAAGACGGUAAACUUCAUGCCAACUUAUUGUGCGCGGUGAACGUUACAGAGCAGCCUGGGGGAACGCUCCCCGACCUGGAGAGCGCCGACGAGGCAGUGAGGCUGCUGAAGAGUCGAGUCAGCGCUCACGAUCCUUUCUUCUUAGCUGUGGGUUUCCACAAACCACACAUUCCCUUCAGGAUACCACAGGAGUACCUGAGCCUGUACCCCAUAGAACAGAUGAGGCUGGCCCCGGACCCGGACGUCCCCAAACACCUUCCACCUGUGGCCUACAACCCCUGGACGGAUGUGAGGAAGAGAGACGAUGUGCAGAAGCUCAACAUCAGCUUCCCUUAUGGACCCAUUCCUAAGGACUUUCAGCUCCGCAUCCGCCAGCACUACUACGCUGCCGUGUCUUACAUGGACGCUCAGGUCGGCCGGCUGCUUAGUGCCCUUGAUGAGCUGGGACUGGCUGAAAACACUGUGGUGGUCUUCACCUCCGAUCACGGCUGGUCACUGGGAGAACACGGGGAAUGGGCCAAGUACUCUAACUUUGAUGUAACAACGCGCGUCCCUCUUGUCAUCUUUGUUCCUGGCAUCACCACACACUCUGACUCCACUUUCCCUUUUCUUGACGUCUCAACCAAACAAGAGCAUAACUUUAAGAAUGGCAAAGUUAUCCAAAACAUGGUGGAGUUGGUGGAUGUUUUUCCCACAGUGGCCCAUAUGGCUGGUCUGGCGGCACCUCCAACCUGUCCUCCUGUUUCCUUCCAGGAGGAGCUGUGCACUGAAGGGAGGAACCUCGCCUACACGUUCCGAUCCCGGGAGCGAGUGAACGAGGAGGCGGUGUCUUUCAGCCAGUACCCUCGACCCGCUGAUGCCCCACAGGUGAAUUCCGACCUCCCGGACCUCAAAGACAUAAAGGUCAUGGGCUACUCGCUGCGCUGCUGGGACUAUAGAUACACUCUGUGGCUGGGCUUCAAUCCUAAAACAUUUCAGGUGAAUGUAUCCGAUAUCCAUGCUGGAGAGUUGUACAUGAUGGCAGACGACCCCGGGGAAGACAACAACGUCUACGAUGACUCUGUCCACAGCAUCGUUAUGACGAAGAAGUCUGGUCUCCCUCCUACUGUGGCUCUGCAGAUGAGAAUGAAACUGCAGCUCCUCUACUUCACUGCAGGGAUGAAGACGAAUUCAGGGAAGCCAAGAUGACGGUAAUAAAACAGACGGAGGGAAGAUGGACUGAUGGCAAAAAAACCCACAGAGAAAGUGUUUUUGUGUUUUUUUUUGUUUUGUUUUUUUACUAUGAUUACUUGAACCUGUAAUAAGUGCUGUCAGACACUGUUUAAACACAUAAGCAGCGGUUAUUCAGUGACAUGUUCUUCAUGACGCCAGAUGUAUUUUCAGGCCUUUAGGCCAAUGUGAGGCUAGACUCAAGGCUCAGUACGAUGUCUGCCAUCACUUCCACUCAAAGGGUUCUGGGAAAUAUGGACAUGGAGUAAAGGGAACUAGAGGGACACUGGCUACAUUUGUAUUUUACACGAGGGACCAUAAAUGCAUAAAUUCCAAUGCAAGAGUGACCUGGUGCAGCGUUACUUCCUCCCUGUUCGAGCCCUUCCGUCAUAUUAGAAGCCUAUAGAGUCGUGUCUUCUGAGGAACGCUGGCAUCGUCGUCUCUCCAGCGCUGUUGAUCAUCCAGUCUUGUGUGGAGACUCCACUGCAACAGCUCUUUUGUUUUCUACUGUAGUGUUAAACAAUGCGGCAUUUGUGUCUUUGUGACAGAUUAGGUCUGUCGCUGGUUAUUUUUAGGCCACACUGGCUUUGUGGUAGUGAGAUACAGUUGAAUCGUAUAAUCAGUGGAGUUGAUUUAUGUCUGAAGACUCUGAGCUGGCUCAUUUUGUUUCCCAUGUCUCAGCUUAGAUGGUCGAGUUUUUUGAAGCAAGAAUUACUUUCCAUAUUGUACUCCUGCUACUUCAGAGUGUCUCUUUUGUGAACAUCUGCUGCUUGUAAUAUGUUCAACACGCCUGGAACAUCGCCAGCACUGACCAGUAAUAAACAGAACGUCCAUAUAGACGCUAAAUAUGAAAUGAGCUUGUUGCACCCAAGCUCUAGUUUUGUUCAAGGGAAAAUAAAAAAUAAAUGCUCAACAAAUAAUUGAGAUCUCAAGCUGGGAAAGAAGCCAUGAUAAUAUAUUAAUGUCUAGUCUGAUUAAGUUGUAAAAAAUAAAACAAUGAGGGGACAAAA